GGGGAGGAGCCGGGGAAAGGCGGCCCCAGCACAGAGCACAGCCAGCGGCCGCGGGGAGAGAAGACUGGGCGAUCGGGGAUCAUGGGGGAGAGCGCGCUGGAGCCGGGGCCUGUGCCCGGAGCGCCAGCGGGGGGCCCGGUGCACGCCGUGACAGUGGUGACCCUGCUGGAGAAGCUGGCCACCAUGCUAGAGGCGCUGCAGGAGCGGCAGGGGGGCCUGGCUCGCAGGCAGGGCGGCCUGGCGGGCUCCGUGCGCCGCAUCCAGAGCGGCCUGGGCGCGCUGAGUCGCAGCCACGACACCACGAGCAACACGCUGGCGCAGCUGCUGGCCAAGGCGGAGCGCGUGGGCUCGCACGCCGACGCCGCCCAGGAGCGCGCCGUGCACCGCGCCGCCCAGGUGCAGCGGCUGGAGGCAAACCACGGGCUGCUGGUGGCGCGCGGGAAGCUCCACGUCCUGCUCUUCAAGGAGGAGGCUGAAAUCCCAGCCAGCGCCUUCCAGAAGGCUCCGGAGCCCUUAGGCCCAGCCGACCAGUCCGAGCCCGGCCUAGAGCAGCCGGCGGUGGAAGUUGAGGAGAGCUCUGACGAGGAGCCGGUGGAGUCCAGGGCACGGCGGCUGCGGCGCACCGGGUUGCAGAAGGUACAGAGCCUGCGAAGGGCUCUUUCGGGCCGCAAAGGUCCUGCAGCACCAACUCCCACGCCUGUCAAGCCACCUCGCCUUGGGCCUGGCCGGAGCGCUGAGGGUCGGUCCGAAGCCCAGCCUGCUCUGGAGUCCAGGCAGGAGCCAGAACCUCCUCAGGACACCGAGGAAGAUCCCGGGAGACCUGGGGCUGCCGAAGCAGCUGUGCUCCAAUUAGAGAGUGCAGCCUGAUGGCUGGUGCUGCCCGCCUCCCCCGUGCCUCAGCCUAGUCCCAAAAUAAAUCUUUCUCUCAGAAUGCAGCAUUCACGCCCAAAUAAGGAGUGAAUCCUGCAUCCACAGCCCAGCUCUGGGCCGUUCCUUCCCGGGCCCCUUCAGCCUAGUACCCUGUGUCCUCUAAAAGAGGAGCAGUCACUCACACCUGCUUGCACUCACCAUCAAUAAAAAGGAAUGUCACCUAA